GCCGGGCGGGCAAGCGAGUGAGCGAGCAGGGAGGUAGGCAGGCAGGGAGGCAGGGAGGCAGGUAGGCGCCCGGGAGGCAGGCAGCGAGGAAGCGAGGGAACCAGACAGGCCGGCGGAGGCCCGAAGGAAGCCGAAACCUGCCCCCGUGCCCAGGUCCUCCGGUCCCCCACCCCGGAGCCCCCAGCGGAGUGGACGCGGCCCGCCCCGGCCAUGGCCUCGCUGCUGAAGGUGGAUCAGGAAGUGAAGCUCAAGGUUGAUUCUUUCAGGGAGCGGAUCACAAGUGAGGCAGAAGACUUGGUGGCAAAUUUUUUCCCAAAGAAGUUGUUAGAGCUUGAUAGUUUUUUGAAGGAGCCUAUCUUAAACAUCCAUGAUUUAACUCAGAUCCACUCAGACAUGAAUCUCCCUGUUCCUGAUCCCAUCCUUCUUACCAAUAGCCAUGAUGGAUUGGAUGGUCCCACUUUGAAGAAGAGGAAAUUGGAUGAAUGUGAGGAGGCCUUCCAGGGUACCAAGGUGUUUGUGAUGCCUAAUGGGAUGUUAAAAAGCAACCAGCAGCUGGUGGACAUUAUUGAAAAGGUGAAACCUGAAAUCCGGCUGUUGAUCGAGAAAUGUAAUACGGUAAGGCCAGCAUGGAAUGGGCCACUUAUUCCCUUGUUUUUGUUUUCUUUCCAGGUCAAAAUGUGGGUUCAGCUCCUUAUCCCCAGAAUAGAAGAUGGGAAUAACUUUGGUGUAUCCAUCCAGGAGGAGACAGUUGCAGAACUAAGGACUGUGGAGAGUGAAGCUGCAUCUUAUCUAGACCAGAUUUCUAGAUAUUACAUUACAAGAGCCAAAUUGGUUUCUAAAAUAGCCAAAUAUCCCCAUGUGGAAGACUAUCGACGCACAGUGACAGAGAUUGAUGAGAAGGAAUAUAUCAGCCUUCGGCUCAUCAUAUCAGAACUGAGGAACCAAUACGUCACUUUACAUGACAUGAUCCUGAAAAACAUUGAGAAGAUCAAGCGGCCCCGGAGCAGCAAUGCAGAGACGCUGUACUGAGGCCAGGGCCAGAGCCAGGGGACUCUGUGAGUCUGGCUCAAGACCGACAUUGCCUUGGUUUGUUACAUGACUAUCGAGAUGGGGAAACUGGCUGGAAAUAGUAAUCACACCUCUCUUCUGUUUUUAGUUAGAGUCUAAUGAAGCUCUCAUGUAGUUCUGUGACGUGUUUACCUCUUAUUUCAGGCCUCAGGAACUCUCCUACCCUAGUCCCCAUUCCCAACCUGCCCUGUUGUCAAGACUCAUUUCUGGAGUGUUUGCAUAUGUGUGUCUACGCACACAUGCACUUUCUCUUGAACUCUUUCUCCCUCCCCACCCGACCCCCUGGUCUUCUCUUGGUCUGUAUGUCUCCUUUUCAGUUAGUUGGUUAGAUGUUGGAAAAGUUGGAAGUGAAAGAGCUAUGUUUCUUUGAGGGAAUAGGGGGCCUAUCCUGGCUUCUAUGGCAUAGAGGAUCCCUGGUGAUGAUGUGUGUGGCUAGGGGAGGGAGAAGGGGAAGGAGAGGUUGUAUUUCCUUUAUUGCAUCUCCCUACCAUCAGGACCUCGGGAAAUAUUACACCUUCUACUGUCUCUUUGAGAGGUUUUUUUUUGAUGUCUUUAUUGUGAGGUUUUUAGUUUUUCUUAUGUAGCUCUGCCACCACACAUUCCUUACCCUGUCAUCAGACCUCCCAUUCUCUCUCAAGAGUUUAUCUUAGCUCCAAGAGUCAGGUGGCCAGACUAAGCAGAACAGGAUUCAGCUGAGAGGUGCAAGUCUGUUCCACCUGAGCAGAGAGAUGGGAAGGAGGGAGGGAACCAGAGCACCCAUCAUCCUGUGACUCAGAGUCUUGUUGGGAAUUGUUACAAAGACUGCUGCCCCAACUAUUUGGCUCUCUUUAAAUCAGUUACAAAUGGGAGGUUGGUGUGUUCUGAAGCUUAGAUCCAGAUACUACUUUGGGACCUCUUCCUUUUGGAAUAUUUUUCUUAUUUAUAUUUUUUCCCAAGGAGGGUAGGGAUGUGAAUGAAAAUCUGCAGGGUGGAUCAGAAAAAUGGAAGAAUUGCUGUUUUUCUCUCGAGAACUCUGGAUAUAUCCCAUUAUUGCAGGUUCUUUGACCUCCCACCCCACCUGCCAAGUCUGUUACCCCUCAGAGAGAGUCAACUUAUUUCAGUCAAUCAACCCUUCCCAUGUAUGUGGCUCUUUCUGUGUUUGUUUCCAUCAUCCCUUACUUCUGUUUUUCUCUCCUCACUUUCCUGCUGGUUUCCACCUGGGAUGCAUCACUGUCUGUCCCAUUAUGUUAUAGUGAAGGAGUCAGGACAUUGUCUUCCCAUGAAUAAUAUUCAGUAACAAACCAACUGUGUUUUAGUUGGGCCUCCCCAGACCCUGUCCCCAUCCCCAACCUACCUGCUCUCUCCACCAUGUGUUUCUUGGUGUUGUUUGCUUUUUUGUUUGUUGGAUUGUUCUGAUGUCCCCAACCCAGCUUCCCCAAUCCUUAUCCUACCCCUGCUUCCCUGGAUCGUAAUGUAAAAUUCUUUUACCAUGUCAAGAAAUUAUUAAAAAUACAGGUACUUUGACCUUU